AUGGAGAGAGCACAUCAUUCUCUAAUGAUGGACAACAAUGUAGUGCAUACUGAGAGCGAGACUUGGAUUAAUUAUCUGAGUACAGACAAUAAAGCUUCCCUUCUGGAGUGAAUGGAAAGGUGUAAUAUUAAUCUUAUACAGGUUAAUGGUCAGAGGAAAUCUGGGGUCCUCCUGCAGACUGGGUUGGAGAACUUCCUCUACUUGGGACAAAAAUAUUUAUCAACAAUCUCCCUCAGGAAAUCUUUGAGGAUAGUUGAAUUCCACUUUUUCAGACUGUUGGAAUAUUGUAUUAAUUUUGUCUUAUGAUGGACAGAUUAUACAAGUGA